CAGCUGGAAAAAGCCUUCAGAUCAAUUUCCUUUUUGUUGAUUUACUAUUUUUGUUCUGUGUUUCAGGGAUUAAUUGUUGCAGAAAAGAAAAUGUCAGAAUACCAAGUCUCAGUUUUCACUGGCAAUGUUGCGUAUGCAAAUACAUUUAACAAUGUUUACAUCAAACUAGUGGGUAAAGAUGGGGAAAGUCAGCGUACUUGGCUUACGGGGGCAGGAUGGUUUCUCGUCGGACUGAAGUCUACCUUUACUAUAACCUGUCCUGCAUCUCUUGGGGAUCUGAUCUUGGUGGAAGUGAACAAACAGCCACUGCCGCUGUUUCCACAGGACGCCUGGUUUGUGGAUAAAGUGAAAGUCACAUGUCCAGAGGGAAAAGUUUAUACGUUCCCUAUGUACCACUGGAUCAACGAUGGUGAAGUUUACCAUUUCAGGGAGGGAACAGCUGUGAAAGUCCUUGAAGAGCAUAAUCCUCUUGCUAAAUACGCAAGGGAGAGGGAGUUACAGCAGAGGAAAGAGGAAUACUGUUGGGAGGUUUAUGCAGAUGGCAUGCCUCACUGCAUGAAAGCAGAUGAUGCUUGUGCACUGCCUCCUGAAGUUCAAUUCUCUUUCACAAAGGACAUAGAAUUCAAAUGGACUGCAGCACAAGGGCUCCUGAAGUUGAAACUGUCACAUUUGGAUGAUUGUGAAGAGCCUUGGACUGAUUUUGAUUCCCUUUACCGAGUGUUUUGCUGCCACAAAACAGAUGCUUCAGACUUUGUGCAGAAAAACUGGAAAGAUGAUGCUUUCUUUGGUUACCAGUUUCUGAAUGGACUCAACCCCAUUUUGAUCCAGCGUUGCACCUCUCUGCCCAGUAACUUCCCUGUCACUGAUGACAUGGUCUCUCUGGAGGGCGGGGCCACUUUGACAGUUGAGAUGAAGAAAGGCAACAUCUUCCUGUGUGACUACAAGAUUUUGGAUGGAGUGAAGACCAGUGUUAUCAAUGGAGAAGUGCAGUAUCUGGCGGCUCCACUUGUUUUGCUGCACAAAACCCCUGAUGACUCGCUGAAGCCAGUAGCCAUUCAGCUUAAACAAACCCGAUCAGAAGACAACCCCAUCUUUGUCCCUGCUGACCCAAAGUACGACUGGUUAUUGGCCAAGACCUUUGUGAGAAGUGCUGAGUUUAACUACCAUGAGCUGAAUGUCCAUCUGCUGCGUACUCAUCUGCUGGCUGAGGUCUUCACUGUGGCUUUACUGAGAAAUGUGCCCCAGGUGCACCCUCUGUACAAGCUUCUUGUUCCUCACACUCGAUUCACUCUACAAAUCAAUGUGCUGGCCAGACAGAGACUUAUCUCCAAAGAUGGCACAUUCACACUUAAUACUGCCUCUGGUGGAGAGGGUAUGAGGACCAUCCUGAAGAGGAGCCUGUCCACCCUGACCUACAGCUCCCUGUGUAUACCUGAGGACAUCACAGAGAGAGGAGUGGAGUCUGUUCCCAACUACUACUACAGGGACGAUGGGCUCAGGCUCUGGGACAUCAUACACAGGUUUGUGAAAGGAGUGAUUCAUCACUACUACAAGACGGACCAAGAGGUCCAAGACGAUUCUGAACUGCAGGAGUAUAUCAAGGACAUAUUUGAACAUGGCUUUCUGUCUAAAACAGAAACAGGAAUCCCACAGAGCUUCAGUACUGUGGAUGAGGUGGUGAAGUUUGUCACUGUGGUCAUUUUCACCUCCUCAGCCCAGCACUCAGCUGUCAACACUGGACAGUUGGACAUCGGUGUUUGGAUGCCCAACUUUCCACCCUCCUUACAACUAGCUCCACCAACCAUCAAAGGCAGGGCAAAUGAACACACCCUGCUGCAGACUCUCCCUGAUGUCAACACCACUGUGCAUGGAAUAGCAGCUCUGUGGCUCCUCAGCACACAGUCCACCGAUUUUGUUGCUCUGGGCAAGUAUUCCCAAGAGCUUUUCACUGAAGAUGUGUUCUGCAAGCUGACCAAAGAUUUUGAAAAUGAGCUGAAAGACUUGGAUGAAGCUAUUGACAGCAGAAACAAAAGUCUGAAAUUACCAUACACUUACUUGGAGCCCAAAAGUGUGGAAAACAGUGUGUCUCUUUAAAGUUAUUGUAGGGUAAAUUGAACCUAUUUUUCCUGAUUUUUCGGUCUCAGUAAAUCUUACCAUUUUAUGGCAUGAUAUGAUGCCAUUAUGCAUGAAUAAAAUAUAAUCAAUUUAAACGAUUAUCAAUAUUGUAUCACUUAAUUAAAUUUAAUCAAAUAUUGUAUUGACCAUGAAGUAACUACCAAAGAUUGAUUGAUCAAUAUUUGUUCUUUAAUAAUACAAAACAUAAAAGAAAUAUGUAAUGUUUCCAAUUUGAAUUGAUUUUUAACAGAACUUCUGUAGAUUAUUAAAAAUGUAAA